AUGUCCAUCGCAAGAGCAGUCGUUAAGGCCUUCAAGGCGAUCGAGAAGUCCGAGGGCGCCGGCGCAAAGGUUCGCCGUUCUAUCGGCGUGCCGCAGCUAAGGAACUUCAGCCCGUUCCUUAUGCUGGAUCACUUCUCGGUGGGAAUUGGCGCUGGCUUUCCCGACCAUCCUCACAGAGGCCAAGAGACGAUAACCUACCUCCUGCACGGCUCGGUGGACCACGAAGACUUCGCGGGCAACAAGGGCACGAUCUAUGCUGGCGACCUACAAUUCAUGACCGCGGGGCGGGGCAUCGUGCACGCGGAGAUGCCAGGCAAGAACGACGACGGCUCGCCCAACGUCGGGCUACAGCUGUGGGUGGACCUGCCGAAGAACCUCAAAUACUGCGAGCCGCGGUACCGCGACCUGCGGGGCAGCGAGAUCCCCACCACCACUACCGACGACGCCCGCGUCACUAUCAAGAUCAUCAGCGGGAACUCGCACGGCGUCGACUCCGUCAAGGACCUGGCGUACACCCCCGUGUGGCUCCUCGAUGUCACCAUGCAGCCGGGUGGAAAACUUAGCCAGCCCCUGCCUAAGGGGUGGAAUACCUUCGUCUAUGUCCUGAAGGGAAGUGAUAUUGUCUUUGGUGAGAAGACGAAGGUCGGGCAGUACUACAAUGUCGUCUUCGACCAGAAUGGCGAUGGCAUCGACGUUUUGCUGCCUGAUAAUGCCACCGAGGAGGCCAGGUUUGUGAUCGUUGCCGGCCAGCCCCACGACCACAAGGUAGUCCAGUACGGCCCGUUCGUAGUCACGUCGGAAGAGGAGGUGUACGAGGCGAUGCGGGACUACCAGUCGAACUCGAACGGCUUUGAGCGUGCCAGGAAUUGGCAGUCCGAGAUUGGAAAGGCCAUGCUGGGGGCUUAG